AUGUACGAGGACUCGAUUGAGGAGAAGUCGCCGGGCGUGGCGCGCAUGGAGGCCGUCACGUCGGUCUUUACGCAGUGGGACAAGGCGCUCCUUUUCCUCGGCCUGUUCCUCGGCGCAUACGCGCGCGGCCUGCACGGCCUCAUGCAGAGCCCGUUUCAGGCGCAAGCUGUCUCGGGGUGGAAUGCCGCGGGGCAGGUCGCGACACUCGGCGUCGCCCGCGCCACGAUCGCGUCCGCGUCGCAGCCCAUUUGGGCGAAAAUUAUGGACUACAUGGGCCGCCCGUUCGUCGUGUAUGGCUCCUGCUUCUUCUACUGCCUAGGCUACAUUGUGCUUGCGUGCUCAAACAACUUCGGCACGCUGGCCGGUGGUCUCGUCCUUCAGCCACAAUCGCUGACCCCUGUCAUGAUGUACAUCGUCGUCGCCGACACGACCUCGCUCCGCCAGAGGGUGUUUUUCAGCAUGAUCCCAUCUCUUCACUCCAUCAUCAACACUUGGGCCGCCGGUGUCAUCGCCGAGAAGUUCGUGCAGGGCCCCGGAUGGCGGUGGGGCUACGGCACUGGUGCCCUCAUCUACCCUAUCAUGAUCCUGCCCCUCAUCUUCUCGCUCGUCCACACCACGCACAAAGCCAAACGUGCGGGCCUGCUUGAUGGACUUCCCGGCCCCGCCAAAAUCGUCCGCUCGCCCGCGAUGUGGAAGGACUUCUUCUGGAAGGCUGACAUUAUCGGCCUCACCUUCCUCAUUGGCAGCAUUGCUCUCUGCCUCGUCCCCCUCACCCUCGGCGGCGGCACCGCCUCCAAGUGGCGCACGGCGCAGGUCCUCACUCCCCUCAUCAUCGGCUUUGUGGUCUGUAUCCCAGCCUUCGUCUACUGGGAGCUCAAGCGCGCGCGCCACCCCCUGGUCCCCUUCCACCUCCUCAAGAGCCGCCACGUGCUCGUCUCCCUCGCCAUCGGCCUCCUCGUCACCAUCACCGGGGCCCAGCAGAGCACGUACCUCUACUUCCUCCUCAUCGUCGCCUUCGGCCAGAGCGUCGAGGCUGCGACGCGUAUCUCCAAGCUCGCCAACUUCUCCAUGGUCAUUUCGGGCCUCAUCCUCGGCCUGGCAAUGCACCGCUUCCGCCACACCAAGCCAUUCACUAUUUUCGGCGCGGGCAUGUACGUCCUCGCCUUUGGCCUCCUCUACCGCUUCCGUGGCGGACACAGCUCGUCCGAGCUUGGCGGCCUCAUCGGCGCCGAGAUCGUCCUCGGUAUCGGCAUGGGUGUCGCACAGAACUCGGCGCAGUGCGCCCUGCAAGCCGUGUGCAAGCACGAGCACGUUGCCAUCAUCUCAGCCAUGUUCUUCUGCUGCUUUCAGAUUGGCUCGGGUAUCGGGUCUGCCAUCACCGGCGCGAUCUGGACGAACCUCAUGCCUAAGACGCUCUUGACGAACCUCAGCGCCGUCAUGCCGGCCGCCACCGCCGCGACCACCGCCAAGUCAGUGUACGGCAACCCCCUCAAGUUCGUCGCGCAGUAUCAGCCCGGCACGCCGGAGCGCGCGGCGGUCGACGAGUCGUACCGCCAGCUCAUGCGCCUGCUCUGCAUCUCGGGCCUGUGCUUCGCCUCCCUCCUCUUCAUCGCUGCGCUGUGCGUCGACAACCCGAUCCUUACGGACAAGCGCAGCAUCGACGACAAGGAGGACUUCGUGAUCGGCCGCAACGAGAAGGAGGAGGAGGCGCAGCGCGAGGCCGACGCCGCCCAGGCUCAGGCGCAGGCCCAGGUGCAGCAGACUCCCCAGGUGCCCUUCCAGCAGCCCGUCAAAGCGUAG